AUGGUAAGCUCUAAUUGUUCCACUGAGGACUCCUUUAAAUAUACUUUAUAUGGGUGUAUCUUUAGUAUGGUGUUUGUUCUUGGCCUCAUAGCAAACUGUGUUGCUAUCUACAUUUUUACUUGCACAUUAAAAAUGCGAAAUGAGACCACAACUUACAUGCUUAAUUUAGCAAUAUCAGAUCUGCUUUUCGUGUUUACGUUACCCUUCAGGAUUUAUUACUUUGUGGCAAGAAACUGGCCAUUUGGAGACAUUCUUUGCAAGAUUUCAGUCACCCUCUUUUAUACAAAUAUGUAUGGCAGCAUUUUAUUUCUGACUUGCAUAAGUGUAGAUCGCUUUUUAGCUAUAGUACACCCCUUUCGAUCUAAGACUCUCCGAACCAAAAGGAACGCAAAAAUUGUCUGUGUUGCAGUAUGGAUAACCGUGUUAGCAGGCAGCACACCGGCAAGCUUUUUCCAGUCUACAAACCGCCGUAAUAAUACUGAACAAAGAACAUGUUUUGAAAACUUUUCAGAGGACACAUGGAAAACCUACCUAUCCCGGAUUGUUAUCUUCAUUGAAAUAGUUGGGUUUUUUAUUCCCCUCAUCUUGAAUGUGACCUGCUCUACUAUGGUCUUACGGACUUUGAAUAAACCGCUUACUUUAAGUCGGAAUAAAUUAAGCAAGAAAAAGGUACUCAAAAUGAUUUUUGUCCAUUUGGUGAUAUUCUGCUUCUGCUUUGUGCCUUAUAACAUUACCUUAAUACUUUACUCCCUUAUGAGAACACAAACUUGGGUUAAUUGUUCAGUGGUAACUGCAGUCAGAACUAUGUACCCCAUCACUCUGUGCAUCGCCGUUUCAAACUGCUGUUUUGACCCCAUAGUCUAUUACUUUACAUCGGAUACAAUUCAAAACUCGAUAAAAAAGAACCGGUCCACUAGACCACGGGACAUCAGAUUCUCCGAAAGGCCAGUUUCGGAAAACUUCAUUCAACACAGCCUUCAGACCGUAAAAAUGAAAAUAUUUGACAGUGACUCCACAAUAUAAACUAUACUAAAAUACUACUGGGACUAAACUGGAAUUAAAAGCCUGCACAUUUCUUCA